CUCCCAGGAAACGACGAGGGGGCGCAGGAGGGAACAAGACCCGCCGGAAAGCCGUGCAGUCGCGCGGAGUUUUGGAAAAGGAAAAUGAGUGAUUCUGAGGAAGAAGAAAGUCCAAUUUCCACUGAGUCUGAGGCUGAAGCAAUCUCUGAACCAGAAUCAGAACCAGAGAAUCCAGAGGAUCCUAUUUAUGCCAUAGCUCCAACAGUUAAUAUUCAAGAUGAAGGUUCCAUUGAUGUGCAUUCGUGUCCCGCAUUUCAGUGCCUCGAUGAGUUGUUUUAUGCUGGAAAUAUUCCUGGAACCAGAGUGGCUGAACUGAAAGAAAAGUAUACCAUUCUACAUGAAACUCUAGUAAGUUUACAGGAAUCGGAGAUUCAACUGUUACAGAAUGCCAAACGUUUCACUGUCGAAAUAGAGCAGCAGCAACAGGAAUUAGAAAAAGCUGAAGAGUUCCCAGAGGGAUCCACUUCAGAGCUGUCCAAGCUGAGACAGCAAUAUCUGAGAUACUUUAAUGAAUAUAACGCAGUUCAAGAUAGAGAAUUUGAAACACAGUACAAGUUGAACAGUUUAUUAGAAGAUAAGAAUAUUCUUGAAAAGGAGUAUCACAGAAUCCCCAAAGCUUCAGAAGCAGAGAAGAAAAUUAAAGCCCUGAGAGAAAGUUGCGAAGAGCUCCGUAAAGAAACAACUCACAGGAGGCAAGAAAUUAGAAUGCUGAAGGAAGAUCUAUCAUCAAGGCACAAGCAUCUCGCUAGGGAUCAGAAAGAACUCGAGGACAUACUUCGAAAGCAAGAAGAAAUAAAAGAUGAGCUAGUCCGUCUCCAAGCCAUUCCUAUUCAGCUCGGAAAGGAUAUGGAGAAAUUAAACCGCAGAAUGCACGAAGUAGAGAAAAAGAAAGUGGCACUGCAGGAAGAAGUGCAAGAAAUGAUUGACACCGCUAAAAAAACAGAGGCUAAAAAUUGUGAGAUAGUGCAAGAGAAGGAAGAUGUAAUGAAGGAGGUGGAUGGAAAAAAGGCUUUGCUGGAGAGUAAAGAACGAGAAUUCAACACGUUUACAAAGAUGCAUGAGAUGAACAAAGAGAAUGAAGGAAGUGCCAUAGCAGAAAGGAGUAUUUUAGAAAUGGGUUUCCGGAACUGUACUGUGGCGAAGCAAAAACUGCAUGAUACUUUGAGUCGGAUGCAAAGAGAAAGAGAACGAGACUUCAGAAACUUUAAAAAGAUGGAGAUGCAAUUAAAAAUAGCUCAGGAGAGCUUGGAGCAAGUUAAGUCCCAUUACCAGAGAAUGCAAUUAGAGGUAGAUGCUGUUCCUAAAGAUGAUGGGACACUAUUAGAAAGGCGAAAGGAGCUUCAGAGAGAAGUUGAAAUUAGUAAGAGGAAUCUGUCCCAGGAGAAAACAUCAACAGAUAUGGAAGGACGAAUGCUUGAGCAGUGUAUCGCCGAAGAAGACCAGCUUUUUAAAGCUCAGGAACAUUACAGAGAUGACGUAGCCAACUUGAUACGUAUGACUCAGCUUAAGGCUGAUGAGAGGGAACAAAAAUCAAAGGAUUCUUUAAAAGCCCUGGUACGGCUGAAUAACAUUAUUGCAGAAAUAAAAACAAAAGACUUUGAAAUAAGGGAACAUACGAAGAAACAAAGAGCAAUUCAGAGACAGAUGAAAGAAUUUGCUAAAAUGUACGACGUUGUGCGACACGAGAGAAACAAACUGGUGAACCUUGUGCAUUGUGCCCGCCACAAGACAAAUGAAAUUAAAGAGAAGGUCAAAAUGCUAGACAACGAGAUGGAAAUCCUAAGACACAACGUCAUAAUUAAGGAGAGAAAAUUGCAAAAAUACCAGCUGAAGCUUUCCAAUAACAUUGCCAUCAAAGAUAGCAUCCAGUGUGAUGUCUGCAAGGUUUAUCAAACACUCCAAGAGAUGAAAGAAAAGCGAGAGCAGCAGCUGAUGGACGUGGAAAGACUCACCAACAUGCUCACCCGUAUCGAGGAGGAAAUGGUGCAAUUGCGUAAGAAAUACGAAAAGGCUGUUCAGCGUCGAAACGAGAGUGGAGUUCAGCUCAUAGAGCGUGAAGAAGAAGUAUGCAUUUUUUAUGAAAAAAUAAAUAUCCAGGAGAUGAUGAGUCGAAAUGGCGAUAUGGAGAUUAAUGUGAUGGAUGAAAAGAUCCGUUUUCUAAAGCUGAAGCUAACUGAGAAAAAAAGGCAGAUUGAGUUAUCACUGAGAACGUUGCCCAUGAAAAGAAGUCUAGAUGCUGAUUUAGUGGUCCUUCAGAUUCAGUUUUCACAAUGCAAGGACAGAAUUAAAAGCCUGGAGAAAGUGUUUACAGACCCUAACGGAGAAAAAAGAACAAGGACACUGCUUGGAAAGGACCCCUCUCAACCAGAGCUGUUCAAAAAGAUAGAGGAGUUGGAAAUACAGCUGGCACAAAAGGAAGAGAAAUUGCUUGAGAAGGACUUUAUUUAUGAGCAAGUUUCCCGGCUGACAGAAAAAAUCAACACCAAGGCAGAAAACAGCAGACAGGACACAUUAACACUGGCAAAAAAGAUGAACGGACUACAAGAGAAAAUAAAAAGUACCACCCAAAAGAUGAUGGCUCUUAUUGCAGAGUUAUCUAUGAAUCAAGCCUUUGCUAUUAAACUGCAGCAAGAAAUGAGGGACAAAGAACAGUUUUUAAUGUGCGUCACCUCCAGGCUCGAGAAAGGUCUCCCACCUCCUAAGGAAGUAGAGAUGGAGUGGUUAAAGGUACUCCGUGACGAACAAACAUAUAAAACAAUCACAGAAGAAAAAGCAAAACAUGCUAUAGAAGAGGAACAACGUGCCUUGCCAACUAGCAUAUUCACCACAGCUGAGCAGCGCCCCAAUGCCUACAUCCCAGAUGAGGACAAUGUUCUCCCUCUGCCACGCCCUUAUGGAGCACUGGCUCCGUUCAAACCAGGCGAUCCUAGUGCCAAUAUGAGGCACAUAAGGAAACCAAUUGUAAAGCCAAUAGAAAUCUAAAAGGUUAUUGCCCAGAUUUUAAUGUGGCUGGGUUAGAACUUUAUUGGCAUAAUAGACCAAGCAAUGCUGUUGCUAUCUAAAGUACUCCCUUGUUUUCACGCAAACCAUAAUGAAAUGAACGGCAUUGUUCAGUAGGGUUUUGUGAACUGCAUUCCUUAAAUGGAAAGAAUUACAAGUAGUAAAAUACACCUAGUCAACAGUACCACACUUUUUCCUUUUAUGCAUUUAGUAUCUAAACAUACAAGGCAAUAUUCCAAGUAGUAUAGUGAUUUUAUCUCUCACACUUUAUACAAUAAUGUAUUAACGUUAGAAAACUGUAGUUUGUUGUUACAUAGAGAUGUAUGGCACUGUGGUUCAUUGCACAAAUAAAAGGAACUCUACAAUAAAA